AUGAAUGGCAAACCCUUCACCGCCAGUCGCUUCGCGAGCUCGCUGCGUCGACAGCUUUUCCGCAAGCACCUUGGCCUUCUCCCACCACAGGACUACCAGAAGCCUGAUGCCAACUUCGAGCCCAUUGGUGUCCCCAACCAGUUCGACUUCGAGGCUGCGGAGAGCCAGCUCGUGGCUGACCCUCUGGCGGAUACUCUUCAGAGCCUCUGGAACACGCGCGCGCGAACCAACACCGAGGCCUUCCGCAAGGUGUUCCACUCCGUGCCCGACGACAACGUGCGCGACUGGGCGACGUACAAGGAGUUUUAUGGAUAUUACUUCAACAAUGCUGACAAGCAGGCAUACGGUGAGGAGAAGGACUCCCCUCCCUCUCGCUACCAGUAUGGCCAUGUUGUGCGCGACGACUUCCCCCCUGGUCCUGAGGGUGUGAAGCAGGUGAAGGAAUUGCUCAGCCAGGUCAAGGGCACUUUGGUGGAGAUGCCGCUGAUGUUCUUGGUCGAGGAGGACGUUGCGAAGGAGGGAUUGACGCUUAACGACUUGACGGAGCCCAUCUAUACCUGA